AUGGUGCUCCUCCAAGAAACAAAAAAAUCUGAAAUCUCUGAAGCAGAAAUAAAAUCCAUGUGGAUGAGAGACAAAGUAGAGUUUUUGGCUGUGGAUUCUGAAGGUUCAGCUGGUGGUUUACUCUGUGUCUGGGAUCCAGAUGUUUUUCAAAUUUCAGAAAGCUGCAGCAACAAGAGAUUUUUUCUUCUAUUAGGUACAUUUUUUCAUUCCUUUGAGUGUGUUAUUUUAAACAUUUAUGCACCUAAUGAUGUAGGCUUAAGAGGAAAGCUAUGGGAGUGUUUAGUAAAGCUAAAGGAGGAAUUCUCUAAGCCUCGGUGCAUGGGUGGGGACUUCAAUGAAAUAACAAACAUUGGUGAAAGAAAAGGGUGUUCAAGAAGGGAUAAGGGCAUGAGGGAAUUGACUGAGUUCAUCAAUAAAUGCGAAGUAUCUAAUCUGCCUUUCCUAGGAAGAAAGUAUACCUGGUUCAAUUCAUGUGAAGGUGAAAAGUGGAGUCGAAUUGACAGAGUUUUAGUAGACCCGAAAUGGUUAGAGUCUUUCAAGUUAAAAUUAUGGGGAUUGCCAAGGUUGCUGUCUGAUCACAGUCCUCUUUUACUAAUGGAGGAUGAAAGGGACUGGGGCCCUAAACCCUUCAGGGUCCAGAAUGCAUGGUUCCUACACAAAAACCUUCACUCUUUUUGGGAAAACAGCUGGAAAGAGGCCAGAAUAGAAGGCUGGGCUGGGUUUAUUUUGUUAAAUAAAUUGAAGACUUUGAAGGCAGGCCUAAAAAAAUGGAAUGUAGAGGUCUUUGGUAAUGUAAUCAGUAAUCUAAAAGCAGCUGAGAGUGAACUGCACAACUUUGAACUUGUUGUUGAGAAUAGAGACCUUGAUGAACCUGAAAAAACAAGAAGAAUGGAGAAAUUCUGGAAGGUGAUGAAGUGUGAAGUCAUUAAUUUUGUGAAUGAGUUCCAUAAGAAUAGAAGGCUGGUAAAGGGUAUAAACAGUUCCUUCAUAACCCUGGUACCGAAAAAGGAGAAUCCACAAGGGCUAGCAAAUUAUCGACCCAUAAGCUUGGUGAGGUCAAGCUAUAAGAUCAUAGCAAAGCUAUUGGCUCACAGGUUAAAAUUAGUGAUGCCUCACAUAAUUAGUGAAGCACAGUUAGCUUUUUUAUCUGGUAGGAACAUUUUGGAUGGGGUGUUAAUUGCUAAUGAGGUCGUAGAGGUGUGGAAAAAAGCAAAGAAGAAGGGCAUAAUUAUAAAGUUGGAUUUUGAGAAGGCAUACGACUCCAUCAAUUGGGGAUUUUUGUUCUCUAUGAUCUCUAAGUUUGGGUUUGGUGCUAAAUGGUCUAGCUGGGUGAAGGAGUGUGUAACCUCUGCUAGGGUCUCUGUGCUUGUCAAUGGGUCUCAAACUGAAGAGUUCAGCCCACAAAGGGGGUUAAGGCAAGGUGAUCCCUUGUCCCAUUUCUUGUUUAACAUAGCUGCUGAAGGUUUGAAUAUUUUAUUAUCUAGAGCCCAGGAUUUAGGAAUGAUCAAGGGUGUGAAAGUGGGCUCAAAUAGGGUAGUCCUAUCUCACCUCCAAUUUGCAGAUGAUGCAAUUUUAUUCUGUGAAACAGCUAUAAAAGAGAAACCUGUGCUGGAUAAAGUCAGAGGUAGGCUGGCUGGGUGGAAAAGGAAGUUGCUGUCCUUCACUGGAAGGUUGACUCUCGUUAAAGCUGGGACAUCCUCACUACCAGUGUAUUAUCUGUCCCUGUUUAGAUUACCUAAAGGGGUUGCUAAAGAGUUUGAGAGGCUUCAAGCUUCAUUUCUGUGGGGUGGUUCAACUCUAAGGAGGAAGAUUCACAUGGUUCGCUAUGAGGAACUAUGUAAAAGUGUGGAGCAAGGAGAGCUAGGCAUUAGGAAGGUGUGUGAUGUUAAUAAGUGUUUAUUGUUAAAAUGGUGGUGGAGGUUUGGUUGUGAAUUUGGGACUCUGUGGAAGAAGAUUAUCUGCAGCAGAUAUAAAUUAGAGGAGGGUAGCUGGCUUCCAUCCCUUGUUGCUAGUAAUAAUUAUUCAACUGUAUGGAGAGGAAUCACAACAAUUGAUGAGCAGUCCACCAGCUUACAACAGAUUUAUUUAAAUAAUUACCAGUUGAAGGAGGCUCAGUUGCAGAACCUCCUUAACCAAUUAGCAGCAGGUCCUGUGCUAAGGCCUGAUCAGGUGGAUAGGCCUGUGUGGUCAGCCUCUAAUUCUGGUGAGUUUUCUGUAGCAUCAUUGUAUAAGUUUGUGGUUGGUAACCUUGGUCCAACCCUCAGUGUUAGUAAGUUGGUGUGGUUAAAGUUUAUUCCUCCCAAGGUGCAAGAGGAUCAAGACAAAGGAGUUUCUACAAAGACUAGGGAUCGUAACAAUUCGGGUGUGCUUGGGUGGAACUAUGUAGCAGCAGAAGUGCAACAGAAGUUCUACAGCUGUGGGUUGCUGUGGUUGGGUGUGGCUGUUACUGGAACUCAAGAUUCAGUGGUUUGCUGUUGGUGUCUGUGA